UGUUAGCUGGGUGAUGAUGUUCGGUCUCAAGAUACGACUUGCUUUGCUGUUGAGCACAAGCGCGGCGUAUCUCAGGAAUUUUAAAUGUUUUUUCCAGUAAGAAGACACUGCAGGAUAUUUUUGUGCAAUUGCAGUUUGGAUAAUUGAUGCUAAGAUGGGAAACUCAUAUGCUGGGCAGCUGAAAACGACUCGUUUUGAGGAAGUCUUGCACAACUCCAUAGAGGCGUCUCUUCGCUCCAAUAACGUAGUGCCUCGACCUGUCUUCUCACAGCUGUAUCUAGAAACUGAACAACAGGUCACAUCACUUAACGCUGGCAGGUCAGUAAACGAGGAGGAAGAUGAAGACGAUGGCUCAGACUCAAACAGCUCUCUGAUUCCAUACCAGAUGAACACUCCUCCUGAAGGCUGCUGCUCCACAGAUGGAUUCUGUCAGUCUGGAAAAGACCUGCGUCUGGCCUCCAUUUCUAAUGAGCAAAUAGAAGUUCCCUCAGGUUUUCUACUAGUUGGAGUGAAGUCUUCAAAUUUACCAGACCACCUCCUGGUUUGUGCUGUUGACCACAGGUUUCUUCCAGAUGAGAGUGGACGAAAUGCACUUUUAGGUUUCUCAGGUAACUGUGUGGGCUGUGGGGAGAAAGGCUUUCGUUACUUCACUGAGUUCUCCAAUCACAUCAACCUCAAGCUGACAACCCAGCCAAAGAAGCAGAAGCACUUAAAGUAUUACCUUUUCAGGAAUGCCCAGGGGUAUCUGGUCAAAGGACCUCUUAUUUGCUGGAAAGGGGCAGAAAGCAAAGUGAAACAAGCAGUUUGUAACACCUCCAUGAGCCAUCCCUCACCAGAAGAACAGGAUUACCUGGCUCCUGCUAUCCCUGCAGAAUCACUCACAGCCUCAGGGCAGGCUGCCCCAGUCGCAAGCCCUUAUACAGGUAUACCCCCUGAUCAGACAGUCCCCUCUUUGGUGCCAGGGACGCCCGCUGCUUACUACAAUGGCAGAGAUUGUCUCGCCAGCCAGCAGUCAUCAAGAACCUGCGGCCUGCCAGCCCAUAGCGUCAACAGGCCUUCAGUGAUAGGCACCAUAACUAAUUCUGGGCCUCCGAAGAAACGCCACAAAGGCUGGUCUCCGGAGUCCCCAUCCACUACUGACCCAUCUACAAAGAACAACCACUCCACGUCAGGCAAUAACAUUAAAGCUGACAGUGGAGCGCCGGUGUGUUUGUCUCAGUCAGCCUCAGGAGCAGCAAUCCCUUCUCCAUUACUGACCUCUGGGGAAACUGUGACGGUGCCAGAUAACCUCCUGAAAAUAUGCAGGACUCGGCCUGUUCUUUUUAAAGGACAUGGAAAUUUGCCUUACCUUUGUGGAAACGUGAGUGAUGUGAUAGUCAGCACGCUUCUACAGUCCUGUUACAAGAAUUCGCAGGCUCUGCCCAGAGUCUAUGAGCAAUAUGGCACCUCCCCCAUUCAACCUCUUUCUGUAGAGAUGCAGAUUUUGCUGACAGUCUACUACCUGGUCCAGCUUGCCCCCGACCAGGUCCCUCUCAUGGAGGAUUUGGAGCAGAUCCUUAUGCACUCCUGGCGGGAGUCGCACCUGAUGGAGAUCAGGCAGUACCAGCAGACCCACCCCCAGCUUCCCUCGCCGGCUUGCAGUCAGGCGCAGCAGCCUGUCACCCCCGCGCAGCUGCCCUGGCUGGCCAGGCUGGCCACCAGCUCCUGCAGCGACAGCGUGCGCGUCGCCGAAGCCACCGGCUCCCUGGCCGAGGGGCUGGCCGAGGCCUUCCGCUGUCUGGCGGAGGGCAAACUGUCGCGGACUAACUUUGUGGUCAUCAUCUGUGCUGCAAAUGCCCGAGAGACGGAGUCUUGUGUGCUGGUGACAGGAAAAUACCAGGCUCGUGCCCUGGCAGAAAGCAUGUUUACACCAACUGAGUUUCUCAAGGAGAUCAGCUACGAGUUGGCUGCAGGAAAGGAUGGAGUUCUAAGGACGUUCUUCAGCACCCUUUGUCCAGAGGGAGAUGUGGAUACUUUACAAGAGAAAAUCAGUUUUGAGAAAAGUGACCACAUGUAUGUAUCAAGUAAUACUGGAUCCUUAAACAAAGCCAUUUGUUCAGAGUUCAAAGUUGAGUGGCAUGAGAUUCGCCCAAUCCAGUUGGCUGUAGCUCGGAAACUGCUUUCACAUGUCUGCGCCAUAGCGGACUCAAGCACUCAGAACUUGGAUCUCGGCUCCUUUGAGAAAGUGGAGUUUCUAAUCUUCGUCCCACCUUCAGAAGUGACUUUCCAACAGAUCGUGCUGCAUCUUUGGAGCUCAGGGAUUUUGUUGGAGCUGGGCCUGGAAAAGGACCGCACAUCAAAGAAGGGAGCAGAGCAGUAUGUGGUGAAACUGGACUUGGAUGCCCAGGGCAAAAUCAAUGCUUUCAUUCAGAAAUCCAAGAUGAACCCAUACACAUUGUUCAUUCUGGUGCAUGACCACGCCCACUGGGACCUAAGCAGUGGUCCUUUCACUCCAGGUGACUUGUGCACGGGCCUGGUGGACGGCCUCCUGAACUGCAGAGAAAUUAGGGAAGCCCCCAACAUCUUGACUCUUCAUGUCACCUCCUUUCCCUUCGCUCUCCAGACUCAGUACACACGGGUCAGCCCCUACAAUGAGAUUCACUGGCCUUCAGCCUACAGCAAUGAUGUUGAUUUGUAUCACGAAAAUACAAAAUACUUUGGUCUUUCCGAGUUCAUCGAUUCCAGCCGCUCUGGAAGCAGCCUACCUCUAAUGAGAUAUGACAACUCCUUUGAGGCAAUGGUGAUGGGCUUGGGGGAAAGGUUUCCCAAGAUCCACAGUGCUAUUAUAAGAACAUAUGUCCUAAUGCAACAUUAUGCUGUGGCCAUGAUGGCAGUGUCCGGCAGUUUGCACCUGAAGAAGUACACAUCGGUGGAGACCCUGGAGAUUGUCCAGAACCUCGUGAACUCGCCGCAGAAGUGCCCCAGCCGCCACGGUCACAUGGUGCUGCUCAGAAUCCCAUCUCUCCCUCUGGCGAGAGUGGCCUACGAGCGCCUUUGUCAAGUCAGAGAACGGCUUGGGUUACAGCAUCUGUUUGAAGUCAUCCUGGGAAAUCCCAGCUCUCCCCUCUCUGUAGGAAAGCACUUUGUGGAUCAGCUGAAGAUAUGGUUAAAAAUCCAAGAUGCAGACUGGGUCCCUCGAACCUAUCUGGAGUUGGAAGCCUUGCCUUGUAUAUUAAUCUUAACAGGGAUGGACCCACAGGGAGAGUCGCUUCCCAGGUCUCUGAAAUACUGUGAUCUUCGCUUGAUAAACUCCACCUACUUAAUGAGGACAGCUCUCGAGCAGGAGUUGGGACUGGCCGCGUAUCUGGUAAAGUCCGACCAGCUGAGAGAUAAGGCCGCUGUGAGUGACCUCUCAGACAGUGACCCCGAGAAGCUAAGUGGCACUGACAAUGAGGAUGAGGAGCUGGUUGGUGAUGGUGAUGCUCUCAGCUCUAUAAAAAGAAGUCCUGUAAAGAGACAGAGGUCUUUCUCCCAUGAUUCUGCUGCCUCAUCUGUGUCUUCAAAAUCUUCAACAGUGAGCAGUGAGCCUCCCACAGAAAAACUUGGGACAAAUCCUCAUCCUGCAGAGGCCUCUAACCCUGAUAGCAGAGUCAGGGACAUGGACACACAGAAGCUCAGCCUGGAGAGAGCGACCAGAGAGCCAUGCGACGAAACCAGCCCAUCCUGUGACGUGCUCGAAGGCCAGAGGCGACAGUCGAAGUCUACUUCCUCAGGUUCUUCUUCGGCUCAGAAUUCUGCAGUUUCCCACCCUGUCCAGAGGUGCUCCUGGGCCAAGAGCUUAAACCAGCCACCUAUUGUGCUCCUGCCGAAAGCUGUGUACGACAUCGUCCUCGCCGUCGACGGCAGCGGUCUGCCCAAGUCAACCUCCUUCCUCCCCCACCACUCGGUGAACUGGGCCAGCUCGUUCCGCCCCCUGCUCAGCAAGAUGAUGACCUGUACUGAGCAGUCUCUGUAUUACCGCCAGUGGACUGUCCCCAGGCCGAACCACAUGGACAGCAACAACAGAGCAGAGGGCAGAAUAGACAACUUCCAUCCUAGAAGACUCCUACUCAGUGGGCCACCACAGGUAGGGAAAACGGGAGCUUAUCUGCAGUUCUUAAGUAUCUUAUCCCGGAUGCUGAUUCGGCUAAUGGAGGUUGAUAUCUAUGAUGAAGAGGAUAUUAACACAAGUGUAAAGGAGGAAUCUGUUCAGUACCACCAGCCUGGAGCAGCAAGGCCUAACAUUGACAUCAUCAGAGCAAUGCCUUUUGACUACACAGUCCACGAUCCCAAGUAUGAAGAUGUCAGCCCUGUAUAUUCUCCAGACUUCUCUUUUGGCAGUGAAGGAAGUUCUAGGAGGCACGAUGAAGUCUAUUUGUGUCGCCGCACAAAUAGAAUGAAGCUCUCAAAAUAUGCGGCGUAUAACACCUACCACCACUGUGAGCAGUGCCACCAGUACAUGGGCUUCAACCCCCGAUACCAGCUGUACGAGUCCACUCUGCAUGCCUUCACCUUCUCGUAUUUGAUGCUCGGAGAAGAGAUUCAGCUUUACUUCAUCAUUCCGAAGUCUAAAGAACAUCACUUCACCUUCAGCCAGCCCGGGGGCCAGCUGGAGAGCAUGAGGCUGCCGCUAACCACUGACAGGAAUCCCGACUGCAUCAAGAGUCCUAUUUUUACCCCAACGACUGGUCGGCAUGAGCAUGGUCUUUUCAACCUGCACCAUGCAAUGGAUGGCGCCAGCCACUUGCACAUACUGGUGGUUAAGGAAUACGAGAUGGCCGUGUACAAGAAAUACUGGCCUAACCACAUCAUGCUGGUCCUGCCUACGAUAUUUAAUGGAGCUGGUGUAGGCGCAGCUCAUUUCCUAAUCAAAGAGCUUUCCUACCACAAUUUGGAGCUUGAGCGGAGCAGGCAGGAGGAGCUGGGCAUCAGGCCUCAAGAUAUCUGGCCUUUCAUCAUCCUAGCUGAUGACUCCUGUGUCAUGUGGAACAUUGUAGAUGUUAGCGCAGACAAUAAAAGCCAGCCCACAGCCGUGGAGAGGAACGUGUCUUUGAAACACGUCUUGCAGCACAUCGAGGGGACCCCAGGUGUCACGCUGUACGGCAUCUGCGGGAUGCGAAAGUGGUCGAGCCGAGGCAGCGCCGCUCCGAGCAAGGAGCCCUUCUCCCGCUGCCACGUUCACGACUUCGUCCUGCUCAACAUUGACCUCACCCAGAACGUCCAGUACAACCAGAACAGGUUUACCUGCGAUGAUAUAGAUUUCAACCUCCGGGUGCACAAUGCUGGUCUGCUGAUAUGCCGGUUUAAUAAUUUCAAUGUUAUGAAGAAGCAAAUUGCUAUUGGGGGACAUCGCACUUUCAUCAUCAAGUCCAAGGUUUGUGGUUCGUUACAGGUGAAUGAUGUGCCGUCUACUGUACCUCCCUCGCAGUACAUCUGUGCUCCUGACAGCAAACACACUUUCCUGUCGGCACCUGCGCAGCUGCUGCUGGAGAAGUAUCUGCAGCACACCAGCCAGCGGCUUUUCCCAUUGUCUCUGAGGAACUAUAGUCACCCUGUGCUGUCCGUGGACUGCUACCUCAACCUGGGCCCAGAGGUGACUGUGUGCUAUGUAAGCUCUCGGCCUCACUCCAUUAACAUCAGCACUGCUGGGCUGCUCUUCAGUGGCCUGCUCCUGUACGUCUGUGAUUCCUUUGUGACACCUGGCUUUCUGAAGAAGUUCCAUUUCUUAAAAGGUGCGGCUCUGUGCGUGAUCUGCCAGGACCGCAACUCGCUGCGCCAGACGGUGGUCAGGCUGGAGCUCGAGGAGGAGUGGAGGCUGCGCCUGAGAGACGAGUUCCAGACCGCCAACUCCAAAGAGGACAAGCCCCUCUUCUUUCUCACGGGCAAGCAUGUCUGAGCCUCUCCCGCCUGCAGGCACAACUGACCCGCAGACCUUAAAAAGCAUCACGUAUAAAAAGCUGCGCUCAUGAAGUGACUGAAAUAAAGGGGACAUCAUCCAAAGCAGAUCUUUACUAUACUCAUAUACUCACUACUUGUUUCUGUGAUUUGGACAAGUAGAAACCUGGAGAACCGAUGUUGUGCGAGUGUUUUUAGAAGCUUAUGCCCAUUGCGAAAAGACCUUUAUCCUGUAAUAUACUGGAAUAUGGAUGGACAUUUGUGUGGAAAAGAAGUAGGCUAGUUUGAUCCCUGCCAGCUCCAGCUGUCAUGAGUCCUGGAUAGUUCCCUCUUGAAACAGGACUAGUGUAACUGGGAUAAAGGUCACACUCACUCAUAUGAGUUUGUAAAUGAUACGAACGACCCUGCAAUUCUUUUGAUUAUGCCUGGCAUAUCAUACAUUUGUAUUGUAAAAUAUUGCUGCUGUAUCGUAGAAUGGAUGUUGAACCAAAUAAGUAUCCUGUAGAUUUUUUUGCACAAAUAUUUUUUAGAAGGUCACAGCUUUUUCCUUUUUUUGUCAGAUGUAUUUGUUAGGAAAGUGAUAUAUUUGUAUAUUGUAAAAUAUUUCAGUUGUAAAGUGUGGAAAUUAUUUUUUGUAUUUUAUAAAAUGUACUUAUCUCUGUAAAUCUAGGCUGAAUUUCGUGAGGGUAGUCACUUACAUAAUACCAUUUUUAUUCAAACUUAUUAGAUUUCAGGUUCCCUCCCAGAAAACAACAUUAAAAAAUCUUCUAAAUCAUAUAAUUAA